GAAGCGGCCGCGCUGGGCCGCCGCUGCCUGCGCAAGUGCAAGACCGAUGAGGACUGCAUCAGCUCCAAGAAGAAGUGCCUCUGCGACGGACGCUGCGGCUGGAGUUGCGUCAGGCCAGAUUUAAACUGCGACGAGUUGGAGCCACUGGAGAACGGCCAGUUCCGGGUGAGUGGCGACUACUUCGGGGCACGUGUGUACUACGAGUGCGCCGACAACUUCUGGAUGUCCGGCCCCAAGGAGCGCAUGUGCCAGGGCGACGGUGGCUGGAGUGGCCGAGCACCCGAGUGCAAGAAACAACCGUCGUGCAGCAGCCCGCCAGGUGUACCGCACUCGCGCACCAAUGCGAGCGACAGCGCCCGGGACUUCGUCAUCAACUCGACGGUGCGCUACACCUGCUUCCCAGGAUACGACGCCAAGGGUUUCGAUGUGGCCAAAUGUAUCUUCUACAAUGGCUCAGCCCAGUGGUUCGGCCCGGACCUUAAGUGCGACCCGAAGAGCUGCGGCCCUCCAGGAGAGGUUGAGCACGGCCGUCGCAUGGGUGCCAUGACGCGCUUCACCAGCUCGGUCAAGUACGAGUGUCACGAGGGGUACGAGCUGUUUGGCCGGGCGCACCGCUACUGCCAGUCCUCCGGCCAGUGGAGCGGCACACUGCCCGAGUGCAGGCCGGUGCAGUGUGACAAGCCCGAAGACCCCCUGAACGGUCGGGCCAUCUUCGACCAGCUGCUGUUCAACUCGGUGGUGCGCUACGAGUGCCACCAUGGAUUUCGCCUGAAGGGGCCUUCCACGGCACGCUGUAACUCUCAGCGGCAAUGGGAGGGCGCACCUACACACUGUGUUGAGAUUGACUGCGGCCAUCCUGGGCACCUGCACAACGGUUACGUGGAGUUCCGCUCCUCGACGCUCAACGCCAAGGCCACCUACAACUGCUUCGACGGCAUGAAGUUCCAGGGCGAGUCCAACACCAGCAUUUGUCUUGACACCGGCAACUGGUCCAGCCCGCUGCCUAAGUGUCUCGCGCCGUGCAAGAUUCCGACGCUGGAGCACGCAUACGUGAAUCUAUCAACACCCGAGUCCCGGCUGGAGCAUGGGCGCCGGCUCAGCGUCAGCUGCCACGACCACUACGAGCUGGCCUAUAAUUCUACGCCCCCACGAUGCAACAACGGAUCGUGGACACAUCUGCCAAUCUGCGCCCCAGCUCGAUGCAAGAGCCUUCCGGAGCGGCCUGCGCAUGGAUUCGUGAUCGCACCCAAGACGGACCAUGGCAUGCGGGCACUGUUCCGCUGCACCGACGGAUACCAACUGGUGGGGCCCAACGUCACCGUUUGCCAGUUUGGAAAUUGGACGCACGAGGCUGUGCCCUUGUGCCGAGAGACCACGUGCAGUUUGCCCGAGGUGCCAAAUGGCUCGUUCCGGGAGCUGACGACGGAGCGGCCUCUGGAUCCGGCGGAGCUGAUCGGCCACGGCACCCUGGUGGAGUUGGUGUGCGCCGGAGGCUUCCAAGUUCAGGGACAGCCGGAGCUGCGCUGCUGGCAGGGGGAGUGGACGCCCGGCCUGCUCCCAGAGUGUUUGCCAGAGCCGUGCGAGCUGCCAGCGCUGCGGGGCGGCCGCUACCUGGGCGGAUACCGGACGGGCCUAACCAUAUCGCCGGGCUCGUCGGUCGAGUACGCCUGCGACGAACCGCACCUGCGCCAAUGGCCGCCGUCACCACUUCGCUGCCGCAUGGGCCGAUUGCAACCGGCUCCACCAACCUGCCUGCCACCAGCCGCAGAAGCCUUCGGCAACCGGCUCCAGCCUGGGCCACCGGAGGAGGCGCCACGACCGGAGUCGGUACCCGUGGCGGCGGUGGAGGAGGCUCAGGGGUCUACAGCGUCCCCGGGGCCCCCCAGUGGAGGUGACGCCGUCCCGCGCCGCGCAACGCCACCGCCGCCUUCGGACAAGCCCUGCAGCGCUCCGGAGCGACUGCACAACGCGCUCGCCUUCCGGUCCUCGUCACCGUCGAAAUCCGAGGAGGACGGGGAGGAAGACUCCAGAGGCCUGUUGCAGUUCCCUCACGGCACGGAAGUGGUCUUCCGCUGCAUCGACAGCGCGGGAGGCGGCGAGAGGAGCACCUGGAAGCUCCUGUGUGAGGACGGCAGCUGGCUGGGCCGCCCCGAGAAGUGUGAGGACGGAGCCCAGCAGCUGUCGGUGCCCAAGGAAGAGCGGCGCAAUCGGUCCUGCGUGUUCCGCAACACGGAGCCCAACCUAGAGGCCUUUCAGGGCGACCGACGCAUCACGGACGACACGCUCCACUUUCCGCCGGGUUCUGAGCUCGUCUUCCGCUGCAAGGACAUCGGCAAAUACAGUCUGGUGGGCAGCGUACGCCGACGCUGCGUUUACGGCGACUGGGAUGGCGUCAAGCCCUCCUGCUUCGGACUCUCCCAGGAGAACGACUACGCGCUGGAAAAGCCUCCGACGAUCCUCUUCCGGCCGCACGUGAUGCCGGUAGCGCAGAGCAAUGACGGCAAGCUGGUCGUGUACCCGGGGGCUAUCCUGCACUUGGAGUGCCUCUGGCUGCGCAAGUACGGCACGCCCAAGUGGGAGGUCAGCCACAAGUCCCGCAAGUACGCCGAAGGCUGGACCACGGAACCUGGCAGGGAUUCCCAACUCGAGUACCGGCUCUCCAUUUAUCAUGCCAAGAAGGACGACUCGGGUCGGUACACCUGCAUCACGCCUAUGGGCCACAAGCACUCCGUCGACAUCGUCGUUUCUCCGGUGCACUGUCGUCCACUGCCGAGCGUGAGCGGGUUGUCGGUCAGCACCGCGACGACGCGGAUGGGCACCAAGGUGGUCUUCUCGUGCGAUGAGGGCCAGCGGCUACGCGGCAGCCAGCAGGCCAUGUGCCUGCCUUCAGGGAACUGGUCAGCGCCUCCUCCCAUCUGCCAAGUGGCCGAGUGCCACGACAUCACCGGUGCCUCUGAUGGCCUCGUCGUGGUGAAGGCCGAGCAGCGGGCGGUCGGCUCUCGGGCGCACUUUUCAUGUCCCUUGGGCUACGCACUGCGGGGACAGGCGUCCGUGGAGUGCCUCGACACUGGCCAGUGGUCGGAUCACUGCCGCGCUGUGAAGGUGGUGUGUUCGGCAAUGCCUGCUCCAGAGAACGGCUACGUGGAAAGUGAGCAUGGGUCACAGUACCGCGGUGGUCAACAAGUGCAGUUCGCCUGCCGGCCGGACCACAUGAUGCUCGGCGCUGCUGUGCUCGAGUGCCUGGACAACGACCACUGGAGUGGCACCGUCCCCGAGUGUGUUCCGGCGUGCCAAUACCCAAGCGUCCGCGAUGGGGCACGUAUUUUAUCGAGAGUGAACUACUUCUACCGCAUCAACGAGACGGUGUCGUUCGAAUGCCCUGAGGGCUUCCAGCUACGCGGUAGUCCCAUGAUCCAGUGUGUGGCCAAGGGCCGGUGGUCGGCCGCCGUGCCCAGGUGCCAGCCGUUCGCCCCGUCAACGUCCUCCUUCCAUGAGAGGAGGCUCAGGAGGCACCACCGGCGCUGGCAGCUCGCCACACCCGUCGCGGCUCACCGGAGCCUGUGACCAGGCUAAGCAGCACGCGCUGAGCUCGUCUCGUCAAGUUCGCUCGCAGAGGUCGCUCGCGUUGCAGCGAUCGCAUAUUAAUCUAUCACUUCGUGGCCAAUCGUUCUCGUGGGCCGAUAAAAAACUGUAGGUAGUCUGGCUCAGUUGCACCUAUAGUUUCGUCAUCAGCCGCCAGAAGCUAGCUCUCAUGAUCGUCCUUGUAUCGUCCUUGGCUACAGACACUUCCAGAACGUGGAAUUCAAUGACGAAUUUUCUCCCAUUCAGCAGUGGGUGGGUUCAUCACACAUAUGUUGGCGGUACUCACACAGGGCGUUACGCUGCCUAUGAGGCCGUGAAAAAGAAAUCAUCUUCGAUUCUCUGUUGUUACCGAUCUCGUUGUCACCGGUACCAUUUAAGCACUGCGAGAUUUCGCAUUGUUCUCUAUCUUUCCCUUGCUGUCGCUCUCCUAUUUUCCGUAUUCUUCAUUAACCCUGGUCGAGCUCAACGAAAAGUGACUCUAUUCGGUUCGUUGUCCUUGUCUUGUGUGAGAGAAGUGCGAUAGAUCUGCUGGACUUGACCUCACCUUGGCUGAAAGCUGAGCCUGUCUUAGCGCCGCUCUUUUUGUUUAACAUUUUAUCCGAAUGACUUUUGGCCCUGGACAACCAACAAGCAACGUAAUGUAGGCAAGUCUACUCUUGUUAAACUUCGCCAUUUCAGGGCUUUGUAGGACUGUUUGCCUUAGACUGACCUUGAUUCACUCGUUUCCAAAAAGUCAAGACGUCUGUCAUGGCAUCGUGAACGCCAGCACAUUAAGCACAACUUAUUCUGUCUUCGUUAGGACACCAAAGUGAAAACAUUUGUAUAAUGCAUUUGCAUAUCUUUUCAGAGCGGCGGUGCAAAAACACUCUUCGGAGUAGACGACUAGAAUCGUAUCAUCUUGUGAUGGCGCAUCUUGAUAGAGCCCAUGGGUGGCAGUGACGUUUUCACUGACUGAAUGAAAGGAGUGCUGCGUCCAAUGGCGUAGCAAGGGGGUUGCAUACCCGGCCCGUGCACAUCCCCCCCCCUUUUUUUAUCAUGACAUACAGAGCACGGAUUGACACUCGACCACAUCUGCAUGCCCGACCACUACAUUCAGAUCAAAAAGGUUCUCUUCCCCCGUGCCCCGAAAAAAUAUCUACCUACACCCCUGGUUGCGUCACUAACUAUUCGUCGUAAAAAAGAAAACGAAUGGACUUUUAUGCUGAAACAUAAUUGAUUACUUGCGUGCUGCUGAAGUCACUGAAUUUUUCUUUCAGGAGUAACCUAUAAGACAAAAUAAAUUAUUUCAUGCUGUGAAAUGAAUGUAACAGAGUAGUCAGCGUCUAGAUUUUUGAAGGCGAAAGAUAAAACGAUAUUUUUUUUCGUGUAGACAUUGUUCAUUGUACCCGAAAAAGUCAUUGUUUUAAGGAAGGAUAUGCACAUGGCGCGCAUAUGCAGCAUGGGCAAAUCCUGAAACAUUAGUGACAUAGAUUAGGUAUACGUUGUUCUUUCCUGUUUGAAAACUCGCCAUUGAACGACGGAACACUGUGCUCCACCGGCUGCGAUGGGAUGCGAAAUACUCGGUGCAGUGCUUCAGUGAAUCACCUGCGGCGCCCAGAACUGUCCAAGCAGAAGGGCACCGAUCAACCCAGCGGACGUGUGGUGCGUACGGCGGGACUACUUUCUAAUGUGCGCCUCCAUCUAGUGGACACCGUGAUGCGCGCGUCGCCCGAAGUGCCGUUAUGAACGCUCUCAUUCUCCAGCAAGAUGAGAGAGAGCCAAAAAGCAUAAAAAAUUACCAGAACUGUUUACGUCUUCCACAUUGACAGUGCACACAGCUACGGUUGUUUUGCAAGUAGCGGAAGUUUUUGUCAAUGAGUUGACGUCCUUUAUUACCCGAGCUGCAAGAGCACGAAUGUGUCACAAAAUAGAUAUAAACAAAAAAGAAAAAUAAGAAAUGUGGUUAAAAAAUUUUUUUGCUCUUCACGUAGGAAGAGCAAAGGUGCAGUGCGCUGUCAUAAAAAAUAAACCUUAUUUGAUAUUUCACAGUGCUGCAUCACUAUGAAAAUUAUGAGUAUUUAAUGCGCAAACAAGUUCUCUUGAGAAUCUACUGAAGAGUUCGCUAAAAAGCUUUAGACGCCUCUGCAGCUCUCUGUUCUGCACAGAAGCGUUCACUAACGUGGUAAUUUUGCCGUAAGCGUUAUCACUCUUGCAGCUGGGGGAAAAAUUGAAGUUGUAGAGCUUUCAACCUAAAUACCUACGUAGUCGCAAAAAAGUCCCCUCCUGCGAUGAACCAGCUUCAAAGAGAAAAAAAAACAGAAAGCGAUGUCUUCUCACCCCGUGAAGCACUGCAUCCUUAGAUAUACUCCUGUUCUUGCGCAUAUAGACUAAGUGUAAACUUCACUAUGUAUACUUAUAGAAUCGUGAGGGUGGCGUUGUCGGUACAUGUAUCAAGUAUGAGGAAAUCGUUUCAUAUUCUUCAUAAGCUAAUCGCUGUGGAUAUGUGUCAUGUCAGUCAGUCAGUCAGUUUAUUUCCCUUAAAGACCCCCAAGGGGGUAUUUUGUGUGAACAAUGUGCUAUGUUCGAGUGACUGUUGUAUACACCGCAUUUCGAGCGUGUUUCGCAAUACUACUACGUUUUGGUGGGGCGUUAUAGUUGUCAAUUACGCAUUGCUAAAGUCAUUCACUCGAUUCGUCUAGGACGCCGCCGUAGUGGGGACCGAGCAGAUACAUUUCAGAGAUAAUGAAGCCGUAGUGCAAAACCUCUCUAUCUAUUCUGAACAUUUGACAGCUUAUACAGGUUACGUAUAGCUACGGCUGCCUUUUGUAGCGAUUUCAAUGGUUCCGACGUAAAGCAUUCAGACGAUUAAGUGUGAAGAGUGCAGUGCUGAGCCGCCCUGGUUACUCAGAUUUGUGAGGCAGCAAGCGCUUUGAAGUAGUUUCCUGUGAAUCUCCCAGAACUUCAUUGUCAGCUCCAAAGUACGACCACAUUAGCUGGAAGAGAAAGAGCCGUUCACAACGUAGUCUCAUUCUUGAUGUGCCACUCAUUGUGAAUAUAUGCCAUGCAAAUGAACAGUAUCAACAUGCUCGCUUACUUCGUACUGACAGUGCCACUUGCUAGUGACUCAUGAGAGACGAUCGUUCCUGCAGUGUAGCAGAUGGAUACACGUCAGUGCUUUUGUUAAGCAUUUAGCUAA